CCUCUCAGCGCUCUCUCUCCAUCUCUCUCCUCUCUUUCUCUCUCGCUGCUCCCUUCCUCCCUGUAACUGAACAGUGAAAAUUCACAUUGUGGAUCCGCUAACAGGCACAGAUGUCAUGUGAAAACGCACAUGCUCUGCCAUCCACACCGCCUUUCUUUCUUUUCUUUCUGUUUCCUUUUUUCCCCCUUGCUCCUUCUCCCUCUUCUUUGUAACUAACAAAACCACCACCAACUCCUCCUCCUGCUGCUGCCCUUCCUCCUCCUCCUCAGUCCAAGUGAUCACAAAAGAAAUCUUCUGAGCCGGAGGCGGUGGCAUUUUUAAAAAGCAAGCACAUUGGAGAGAAAGAAAUAAGAAAAACAAAACCAAAACAAAACCCAGGCACCAGCCAGCCAGAACAUUUUUUUCCACCCUUCCUGAAAACAAACAAACAAACAAACAAUCAUCAAAACAGUCACCACCAACAUCAAAACUGUUAACAUAGCGGCGGCGGCGGCAAACGUCACCCUGCGGCCAAGGCGUCCGCCUAAAGGGAUGGUUUUCUCGGCCCAGCAGCUCUUCGCCGACCACCUUCUUCACUCGUGCUGAGCGGGAUUUUUGGGCUCUCCGGGGUUCGGGCUGGGAGCAGCUUCAUGACUACGCGGAGCGGGAGAGCGGCCACACCAUGCGAGCACAAAUCGAAGUGAUACCAUGCAAAAUUUGUGGCGAUAAGUCCUCUGGGAUCCACUACGGAGUCAUCACAUGUGAAGGCUGCAAGGGAUUCUUUAGGAGGAGCCAGCAGAACAAUGCCUCUUAUUCCUGCCCAAGGCAGAGAAACUGUUUAAUUGACAGAACCAACAGAAACCGUUGCCAACACUGCCGACUGCAGAAGUGUCUUGCCCUAGGAAUGUCAAGAGAUGCUGUGAAGUUUGGGAGGAUGUCCAAGAAGCAAAGGGACAGCCUGUAUGCUGAGGUGCAGAAGCACCAGCAGCGGCUGCAGGAACAGCGGCAGCAGCAGAGUGGGGAGGCGGAAGCCCUUGCCAGGGUGUACAGCAGCAGCAUCAGCAAUGGCCUGAGCAACCUGAACAACGAGACCAGCAGCACUUAUGCCAACGGGCACGUCAUUGACCUGCCCAAAUCUGAGGGUUAUUACAACGUUGAUUCUAGUCAGCCGUCCCCUGAUCAGUCAGGACUUGACAUGACUGGAAUCAAACAGAUAAAGCAAGAACCUAUCUAUGACCUCACAUCCGUACCCAACUUGUUUACCUAUAGCUCUUUCAACAAUGGGCAGUUAGCACCAGGGAUAACCAUGACUGAAAUCGAUCGAAUUGCACAGAACAUCAUUAAGUCCCAUUUGGAAACAUGUCAAUAUACCAUGGAAGAGCUGCACCAGCUGGCAUGGCAGACCCACACCUAUGAAGAAAUUAAAGCGUAUCAAAGCAAGUCCAGGGAAGCACUGUGGCAACAAUGUGCCAUCCAGAUCACUCACGCCAUCCAAUACGUGGUGGAGUUUGCAAAACGGAUAACAGGCUUCAUGGAGCUCUGUCAAAAUGAUCAAAUUCUACUUCUGAAGUCAGGUUGCUUGGAAGUGGUUUUAGUGAGAAUGUGCCGUGCCUUCAACCCAUUAAACAACACUGUUCUGUUUGAAGGAAAAUAUGGAGGGAUGCAAAUGUUCAAAGCCUUAGGUUCUGAUGACCUAGUGAAUGAAGCAUUUGACUUUGCAAAGAAUUUGUGUUCCUUGCAGCUGACUGAGGAGGAGAUCGCUUUGUUCUCAUCUGCUGUUCUGAUAUCUCCAGACCGAGCCUGGCUUAUAGAACCAAGGAAGGUCCAGAAGCUUCAGGAAAAAAUUUAUUUUGCACUUCAACAUGUGAUUCAGAAGAAUCACCUGGAUGAUGAGACCUUGGCAAAGUUAAUAGCCAAGAUACCAACCAUCACGGCAGUCUGCAACUUGCACGGGGAGAAGCUGCAGGUAUUUAAGCAAUCUCAUCCAGAGAUAGUGAAUACACUGUUUCCUCCGUUAUACAAGGAGCUCUUUAAUCCUGACUGUGCCACCGGCUGUAAAUGAAGGGGACAAGAGAACUGUCUCAUAGUCAUGGAAUGCAUCACCAUUAAGACAAAAGCAAUGUGUUCAUGAAGACUUAAGAAAAAUGUCACUACUGCAACAUUAGGAAUGUCCUGCACUUAAUAGAAUUAUUUUUCACCGCUACAGUUUGAAGAAUGUAAAUAUGCACCUGAGUGGGGCUCUUUUAUUUGUUUGUUUGAUUUUGAAAUGACCAUAAAUAUACAAAUAUAGGACACUGGGUGUUAUCCUUUUUUUUAAUUUUAUUCGGGUAUGUUUUGGGAGACAACUGUUUAUAGAAUUUUAUUGUAGAUAUAUACAAGAAAAGAGCGGUACUUUACAUGAUUACUUUUCCUGUUGAUUGUUCAAAUAUAAUUUAAGAAAAUUUCACUUAAUAGGCUUUACCUAUUUCUAUGUUUUUAGGUAGUUGAUGCAUGUGUAAAUUUGUAGCUGUCUUGGAAGGUACUGUGCAUGUAUGUAAUAAGUAUAUAAUAUGUGAGAAUAUUAUAUAUGACUAUUACUUAUACAUGCACAGGCACUGUGGCUUAAAUACCAUACCUACUAGCAAUGGAGGUUCAGUCAGGCUCUCUUCUAUGAUUUAUCUUCUGUGUUAUAUGUUACCUUCAUGUUGGACAAUCAGGAUUUUGUUUUCCCAGCCAGAGUUUUCAUCUAUAAUCAAUGGCAGGACGGUAUCAACUCAGAAAUAAGUCUACAAAGGAAUAAACAUACUGCGUGGCCUCUAUAUACGAACUCUGUUUCUGAAAGUGACAUCAAAGCCUUGUCAAAAUGGUAAAUAUUGAGAGGGGAGAGUAUUUGGAGCCAUUUUCCUGUUUCAAGAAUUAGGCCACAGAUAAUAUCACAAGGUCCAAGACUUUUUUGACCAAACAGUAGCUAUUUUCUAUUUUGCACCAGAACACAUAAAAACAUUUUUUUCUUUUGGAUAUUCAGUUGUGAAAGAAACUUGAUUUCACUGCUUAAUGUGUCUUCAACUGAAAAAUACAAUCUGUGGAUUGUGACUACCAGCAAUUUUUUCUAGAAAAAUUAAAAGAAUAAAUCAGAACCCAGGGCAACAAUGCCACUUCGUAUAAACAUUUUCUGUCUCACCAUGUUUUGGCAAGAACAGGUAGAAAGAGAAGACACAGAGUAAAGAAGUAAUUCUUUAUAUUUAUUCUCUUUAAUACAUUUGUUAGGAAAAGUGGCAAUAAAAGGGGAGGCAUAUUGUAAAAUGCCAUAAUAUAAAAAUAUAGCAAAAACUUGGCAAAUCAGAAAAAAAAAUCUGUGUUAUUCCAGGGAAUGAAUAUACCCCAAAGCCAAAACUAAUUCCUAUGUAAUUUACAAUUAUAUCAUCCAUCUAACCUAGCAACUUUUAAAGAAUAUUUUUUGGCAACUUUUAAAAGUAAAGAAUACAAGGGUGACAUUAGGAUCAGAGAUUUUAGACUUCCUUGCACAAAUUCUCACUUCUCCACCUACUCACCAAUGAAAUUAAUUGUAAGAAAAGCAUAUAUUCCAAGGCAUUUGUUCUGCCUGUGUCCUGGAGGCCUAUACCUUUGGUAUUUUCUGAUCCAAAACAAAACUUAGAACAACAACAACAAAAAAAAACAAGCUAGGAGAGAAUUUUGUGUCUAAGACAAUGAAAAUUAUGGUCUCCCAUAAGCAUAUCCCAGCCACCAACGCCUAAAGAACUGUCCUUUUCUCCUUGUUUACACACACACACACACACACACACACACACACACACACAUCUGCUUUGUAAAGUUUCCAUCAGUGGAAACUUUGAUUUUUUUUUUUUUUAUCUCUUAUGCUCUCCUGAAGCUCAUGGUUGAGUACCAUCUCCAAGAUACCACAGAACUCCUGAUUUAUGAUCAAAACAGUAGUGUCGACUUUUUCUUUUAGAAAAUGGAACAUUUUCUCACCUCAUGAUUGAUGAAUUCUAAACCAAUGGGGAAAAACAAAAAGCCUUUAAAAUAAUGAAUCUCUUUCUCAACUACUGUUAUAUUCAAUUAAUUUAACUACAUUGAACCAAAUUACCUUUGGUUCUAAGAAGACAGCUGUAGACUGCUUAUUAUGCUGCUACAGGGACUCAAUUCUUUUUGGUGUAAAUGUCACUCCUGCUAGCUCUUUGUAUAAAGAAUUAAUUCCCAGAGUCAUAUUUCCUUCUAAUGGAAAGAUUACUCUACUGAUUGCUAGGAAAACAGGGUAAUGGAAGGCACUCAAUUAAACCAAGCCGUUUCCAAAUGCAAUGUAUGUUUUAUGAUUGGCUUGUGAUAGGCAAUGCUUAAUGUGUCUACUUGGUGUUUCCCUUUGAGCUUUGAACUUAUGUCAAACUUUGUUUUCAUUGUUCUGUUGGCCUAGUGUUUUCCAUUGUCAGCCUUUAAUUCCUGCUCAGUUGCAGAGGGAAUUAUUUAUUUCCUCCAAUUUACCUUAGAGGAUUUAAAUUGGCUCAAUUGAUGAAGUGGCUCAGAAUUUUUUCCUCCCUUUUCCCAUGGGUGAUAUAGGAAAAAGAUUGUUCCUCACAUUUACCUUGGGAGGUACUGCUUUUGAAUCUGUGUUGUUUCCACUAGUGUAAGCAUUUCACUGGGGCGGCAUGGACCUUUUGAAGCUGGAAGAGAGGAAACAGAGCUAGCGUCUGAACUAGAACAGAACAAUGGCAACCAGGACGUACUCAGCCCACUUAGUUGAGAGAAGAUUUCUAGUUUGAGUUACAGUUGCCCAACCAACUCUUAAAAGAGAAUCCAGUCAUGUUUUCAAGGUAAAAAGCCUUAAAAAGCUGUCCUUUAAAGAUCUCCUAUGACUGCACGUCAAGGUAUUUUGUACAUGCAAUCCCAGAACUUUGUUCCUUCCCCAUGAGGACUAACAAAUGUUCAUAACACUCAUGAUCAAGCGUGCACUGAAAGAAAAAAUCCACAAUCUGUGCUUCUCAUGUCGUGCUUCAUAAAUGACAAUCACUGCUUGAUGCAGAUGUUGCACUGUAUCCACUCAGGGAUGUUUCAUUAAAAAAAAUACAUCAAGAAGGAGGAAAAAAUUAAAAACAGGAAAAUGACAACAAAAUGUAAAUGGUAUAAAUUAAAUAUGCCACUGAGAGCACCUCUCUGACAAGGCUUUCAGAUCAACAAGCAGUAACUUCAAGUCAUAAACUGGAUUGAAUUAUUUGGAUUUGCUGAAAAUUUGCACCCAAGUAAGGAUAACUUGUUCUCAUUUUCUAAACUCUGCUAAGAGCCAAAUAAUCUAGCUGCCCCAUUCAUAGGAAUUUUUAUCUCCCUGCAAAUUUUCUAUACAAAUCCUGAACAAGGAAAAUACAGAAAUCUAACUGGCAUUAGAUAAAAUGGACAAGUGAGGUGAAGCUGUGUGAAUUCAAACUUCAGUGUACUUGUGGUCCAUAAAAAGAAAUGGAAAUUUUGGAGGGAAAAUAGAAGAGGAAAGGAUUCCAAAUCUGGUUUGACACCCAUAUAUACCCAUACUAUCCAUGACUCAUCUUUGUGCCCCUUUUUCUGUGGCCUUUUUUUUGUUUGUUUUGAGACAUAGUCUUGCUUUGUUGCCCAGGCUGGAGUGCAGUGGUGCAACCUCUGCCUCCUGAGUUCAAGUGAUUCUCCUGCCUCUGCCUCCCAAGUAGCUGGGAUUACAGGCAUGUGCCUCUACACCUGGCUAUUUUUUGUAUUUUUAGUAGAGAUGGGGUUUCACUAUGUUGGCCAGGCUGGUCUUAAACUCCUGACCUCAAGUGAUCCACCCACUUCAGCCUCCCAAAAUGCUGGGAUUACAGGCAUGAGCCACCACACCUGGCCUUCUAUGGCUCUUUUAUCCCCCAAAGACUGAAAGCUGAAGGUAGAGAUGUUCUCCACAAACAUACCCUUUCUGAAUUUCCUGAAUUUCCCUUGUUUUAACACUGUGUUCAGGGCUCUGGACUAAAGUACCUCUGAGUAGGUAAAAUCAGAUAAUAUAAUGGUCUCCUGAGUGAUUAGAUUUCUUUGGUAGAUUCUAAGAGAUCCUAAAUCAUAAUAACUCUGCAUAUUAACAAGAUGUACCAGGGAGGUAUCAGUACAUUUCCUAUCAUAGCUGCCUGGUUCAACGUAUAACUUCACAGCAGUCAAGCUAAACUGUUUGUAGAAAACCAUAAAGGUCAACUCAUGCUCACUCUCUACAAUGCAAUGUGAACCAGACUUAAAGACAAAAACAAUUCUUGGGUCCCAAGGACAACCUAAAACUUACCAACUUUUUACAGAAGCAACAACCAGAUGCAAAUAAUGGCAGUGUUGUUCUAUGUUCUUUGUUAGUUUAUUACAGAAGCAAGGAAAAAUUCUACUUCUCUUGGAAAUUAGAAGAAAUAAUUUUUUCCUGACUCUUUUUUUCUAUAAACUUUUAUUUCCAAGGAAGCUGCUACAGUUGGCAGUAAAUUCAGCCUGGGGACGUCUGUGCCCUGACAGAAGCACCAUUCAAUAGAACAGCAAUAACUUUAAAGUGUGCAUCUGUAGUGAAACUGCACAGAGUCCCCUGUAUAAAGAAGAGGGAAAAGCCUACCAUCUGCUUUAGAUGAAGUGCUAUUUGAUGUUCUGUUUCCAAUUGCCAGCACAAGCAGCAACUAGAGUAAAGGCCUGAUGUGGAAAACUAUGGGGGCCUUUCAAAAAAGAGCUGACACCCUAUUCAUUUUUGGGUCUCAGGACCAGAGGGUACAGGGUAGAGGGUACUUUAGCAUUUAAAGCAAGGGUUGAAAAUUCAAAAGCCUAAAAGGGCCUGGGGGCUUAAUGCAAAUGGUUGAAGCAGCCCAGUGACAAGCUCACCAGGACAUGCCCUGUGGAAUAAGGUACAUCCACGAUUUAGCUGACGCUGAAUGCUGCUAGAACUUCUGAAUUUUAUAAAAUCUCUCAAGUUAUACAUGAUGGCAGUUGAUUUGGAGCUUAGUGCAGACCAAAUAAAUACAUCACUGAGCAGAAGAGAGUCCAUAGAUCGUCAGCUUGCAGCCUAUGGUUUAAAACAAAAUUGUAUCUGGGGCCAGCUCAACUAGAGCAAGUCUGGCCAGAUCCAACCCUGGACGAUAUUAGAAUGAUAUUAGUUUUGGAAGGAGGGGAUGGAGACCUUGCCCUUCUGAUACUCAAUUUUGUUUACAUACUUGAUUGUCACAACUAGAUGAUAUAAUAGGAGGUCAGCUUGGAAAUAGCAGUCUAAAAAUGAAAACAAUUCAAUUUAGUGAUGGCUUAUAAGAGACACUUCAAUUUGUCUUGCCCAAACUCCCUUCUUCAUAGAGCCAGGGGGCUAGGUUUCUUGCCACUUUCUUUCUGAAAGGCAAAUACGUGACUUUUAUUCUUUUGGGUAUCAAUGUUUCUUUAACUGUGUCACUUCAAUAUCUGC